UUACUUACCUUUAAAAAAUAGAAUCAGCUAAAUGUUACUAUCCCAAAGCCCACUUUCCUCAUCUAACACCAGUAAACAUUUUCCCAUGCCAACAGGUAGUGGUCACAUUAUCCAAUCUAAUAGCUGUAUAUUUUUUAAUAGCUGGAGUUGUAGCUUCGACCACAGUCUUCACAGGCACAGAUGGUUUCAACAGACCCCUCAGACCCAACGUUAAAUCCAGAACUGCAGAAAUGAAGUUCUUUCUACCUGUUACACAGGCGAAAUCACAGAAUUUAAAAGCUUCUAACAUCGCACCAAGUUCGAGCAGCAAUUGUCAAAGGAUUGGUGGUCUCAAACACCAGUGUCACACACCCCACAUCACAGGCGGCCACAGUCACCCAAAAGCUCCUGCCUCUGAGCAGUAAACACGAGCAACAAUUAUGCACCUGUCACAGCCUUAGCACCGCGUACACAUCACGCCUCAUCAAGAUCACAAAUGUUCACACGCACGGACAUGUGCAUACACAGGCCGGAGCUAAAGGCUCUGCACUUCCUGUACGCGCCGGGGAAGCUCAGGACUUCCUCAGAGUCAGCGGACCGAGACUUGAUUCACCGCUCGCAGUCAGACAACUUUGAGAACUUUAAAGUGAGGAACUGGAGAAGGCCGCCCGGGGUCCUAUGGGAAAUGUAGUCCAAGGCCGGAAACGCCCGGAUGGCCAGAAGGCGCGCGCGUAGCCGGUGGUCCUGAGAAACGUGCCGCGCAGGUACCUGGGAGGUACAGCUGCGCAGAAGUGCGCAGGCGUGGACUCCGUAGUGGCCGAAGGUGAGGCUGGUGAGUCCAGUGGACGCGGAGGAAGCGGGUGAUGGCGGGACCCAUUGCGAAGGCCCAGAUGGGCGACGGGAAGCUGAAUCGAGGAAAAUAGGUGGGUAGUCUUCAGCUCAGAUGGACUAGGCAUUGGUAAAGGAAUGAGAUGUCAGAAAUCAGGCUAACAUGACUGCUGCUGCUGUGAUUUAGCAUAAGUCAUCUCUUACCUUGUGAGAGAACUUGCUGCUGCAAACCUCCAGAGAUAUACGUCUCUUCUCAUGCGUACAGCCUCUUCUCCAGCUGCCUGCUCAGUGCUUCCUCUUGGCAUGCAGUGGUCCACCUGCUCUGGAACUGCCCCUUUUCUAAAGAGGAGUACAAAGGAAAGACUGCUCAUCUCUUGCAGAUCUUGAAAUCAUGGCUCAGGGAUUGGUGUCAUUCAAAGAUGUGACUGUGGACUUUACUCAGGAGGAAUGGCAGCACCUGGAUCCUGCACAAAAGACUCUAUAUAUGGAUGUGAUGUUGGAAAACUAUUGCCACCUCAUCUCUGUGGGGUGUCACAUGACCAAACCUGAUGUGAUCCUCAGGUUGGAACGAGGAGAAGAGCCAUGGGCAUCGUUUGCAGGUCAUACCUGCUUAGAAGAAAAUUGGAAAGCCGAAGACUUUUUAGUGAAAUUCAAGGAACACCAAGAUAAGUAUUCUAGAUCAGUUGUAUGUAUCAACCAUAAAAAAAUGGUUAACCAGAAGAAUAAUUUAUAUGAAAAGACAUUUAUACUAGGCAAAAACCCUGUUAAUGCAAAAAAUCUACCUCCUGAAUACGGCACUCAUGGAAAGAUUUUGAGAAAUGUUUCAGAAUUAAUCAUCAGUAAUCUAAAUCCUACAACAAAAAGACGUAGUGAGUGUAAUGGAUGUGGGAAAUCACUGCUCAGUACUAAGCAAGAGACAGCUCAUCCUGAAGUCAAAUCCCAUAGUCAAAGUGCCAGGUCUUUUAGUCAUAAUGAAGUGCUUAUGCAUUAUCAGAAAACGGAAACAUCAGUACAGUCAUUUGGAUAUAACAACUGUGAGAAAUCAUUCCUUAAAAGAGGAGGCUUAAUUACACAUACUAGAGCUUACAGAGGGGAAAACCCAUCUUUAUAUAAUAGAAAGAGAAGAGCAACUAAUGUUGAGAAGAAACAUACAUGCAGUGAAUGUGGGAAAUCUUUUUGCAGGAAGUCAGUAUUGAUCCUGCAUCAGGGAAUUCACACAGAGGAAAAACCCUAUCAAUGUCAUCAAUGUGGAAAUGCAUUUAGAAGGAAGUCAUACCUUAUUGAUCAUCAAAGAACCCACACAGGAGAGAAACCCUUUGUUUGUAAUGAAUGUGGUAAGUCCUUCCGCCUCAAGACAGCCCUCACUGAUCAUCAGAGAACACACACAGGUGAGAAAUCAUAUGAAUGUCUGCAGUGUAGGAAUGCCUUCAGAUUGAAGUCACAUCUCAUUCGUCAUCAGAGAACUCACACUGGAGAAAAACCGUAUGUGUGUAAUGACUGUGGGAAGUCCUUCCGCCAGAAGACAACACUCUCUCUACAUCAGAGAAUUCAUACAGGGGAAAAACCUUAUAUUUGUAAAGAAUGUGGAAAGUCCUUUCACCAGAAGGCAAACCUUACUGUACAUCAAAGAACUCAUACAGGGGAAAAGCCCUAUAUUUGUAAUGAAUGUGGGAAGUCCUUCUCCCAGAAGACAACUCUUGCUCUUCAUGAGAAAACGCAUAAUGAGGAGAAACCCUAUAUUUGUAAUGAGUGUGGAAAGUCCUUCCGCCAGAAGACAACUCUCGUAGCACAUCAGAGAACACAUACAGGGGAGAAAUCUUAUGAAUGUCCUCACUGUGGGAAGGCCUUUAGAAUGAAGUCAUACCUCAUUGAUCAUCAUAGAACUCACACAGGAGAGAAACCAUAUGAAUGUAAUGAAUGUGGGAAAUCAUUCAGCCAGAAGACAAAUCUUAAUCUACAUCAGAGAAUUCAUACAGGGGAAAAACCUUAUAUCUGUAAUGAAUGUGGCAAGUCCUUUCGCCAGAAAGCAACCCUGACUGUACAUCAGAAAAUACACACAGGACAGAAGUCCUAUGAAUGUCCUCAGUGUGGGAAAGCCUUUAGCAGGAAGUCAUAUCUCAUUCAUCAUCAAAGAACUCAUACAGGAGAGAAACCAUACAAAUGUAAUGAAUGUGGGAAAUGCUUCCGUCAGAAGACAAAUCUCAUUGUACAUCAGAGAACUCACACAGGAGAGAAGCCCUAUGUAUGUAAUGACUGUGCGAAGUCCUUCAGUUAUAAGAGAAACCUCAUUGUCCAUCAAAGAACUCACAAUGGAGAAAACAUUGAAAUAUAAUAAAUGGUGUGAUAUCGUUGUGAAUUCUGUUAUUGUAAACCUUUAGUUUUAAAAAGAAAAGCAUGCUUAAACAUUUUAAUGUCAUUUUAAUCACAAAUGUAAUAGUUACUAAAGUACCAUACCACAUAAGGAUUUCUCUAUGGUUUACUACCAUAUAAAAUAGAUGCUGUAAGCUCGGCGCCCAUUGCACAGUGGUUACAGCACCAGCCACAUGCACUGAGGCUGGUGGGUUUGAGCCCAGUCAGGCCAGCUAAACAACAAUGACAACUGCAAGAAGAAAAUAGCUGGGUGUUGUGGUGAGUGCCUGUAGUCCCAGCUACAUGGGAGGCUGAGGCAAAAGAAUUUGCUUAAGCCCAAGAGUUUGAGGAUGCUGUAAGCUGUGAUGCAACAGCACUCUACUGAGGGUGACACCUUGAAACUGUCACAAAAAAAGGUUGUCAUUAUUAUAGAACUGUAUUAUAUAUGAAGCUAACUUUUAAACUUUUCAACUGCUCCUGCUGACUUAAGUGGUUUAUAUUAAAAAAUACAUAACAGGUAGCGCCUGUGGCUCAGAGAGUAAGGCACUGGCCCCAUAUACCAAGGGUGGCAGGUUUGAACCCAGCCCCAGCCAAACUGCAACAAAAAAAUAGUCAGGAGUUGUGGUGGGCAUCUGUAGUCCCAGCUACAUGGGAGGCUAAGGCAAGAGAAUCACCUAAGCCCAAGAGCUGGAGGUUGCUGUGAGCUGUGACGUCAUAGCACUUUACCAAGGGCAACAAAGUGAGACUCUGUCUCAAAAAAAGAAAAUACAUAAUACAUGCAGAGGCAAAGUACAAAAUGAUUAUAAGCAUCAGUCUACAUAAGAGAAAGUAUGAACUGUAUUUCUCAUUGCACUCUGUGUAAUAAAAAGCAGUUAGUUGCUACUUCCCUAAAGAUUACCAUAUCCCUAGCCUAUAUCAUAAAGCAGUUUUUGCAUGUUUUUAAACUUUGUAUUUUUAUAACACAUCAUGAAUUCUUCUGUGAACAUUUUUAAGAUUUUGAGAUUUUUGUGUACAUUAUUGCAUGUAGCAGUAAUUUUGUAUACAAUUCCAUUUUAAGAAUAUAUUAUCCUAUUAAUGGAUAUUUGUAUUUUUUAUAAUUUUGUGUUAUAAUAAAUAAAACUGCUGUUAAGUAUUCUUGUUUAUGUCUUUUGGGGGUAGGGUUAAUAUUUCUGUUGAUUUUAUGCCUAGGACUGGAAUUAUUGAGUCUAAGGUGCAUAUUAGUUUCUUUAGCUGUGGCAAGUAGUGCCAAAACUUUCAGACCUUUCUCAACAUGAGAUGAUACAUUUUGGACAGAAACAGAUACAAUUGUAAUCAACUUGGAAAGGUCUUUAAUAGUCAUUCAAAAUGGGAAAUUCCUACUAAAAAGGAAAUUUAUAAUUGGUAAUUAUGUGGCUAUUGUGGAUAUAGGAAUGCAAUAAAUGUAACAAGACCUUUACCUGUCACUCAGCCCUUACAAAACAAAACCAGAGAAUUCAUAUUUGAGGGAACUCCUAUAGUUGUCAAUAAUUUUAGGGGUAUUUUAGCCAUUGCUUACAUCUUAACAUCAAAGAAUUGAAAUUCAUAUAAGAGAAAGGGAUGCUUGUAAGGGGAAUAGAUAAGUAAAAUUAGAAAGUAGUCACAGGAAACAUUGAGAAAAAUAAUUUCUAUGAAAUAAGGCUUUCAUACCUUAAUCUCACAGGAAAUAAAAGUUUCUGAAAAUCCCAAUUAAAAAAUUACUAGAGGCUCAGUGCCUGUAGUUCAGUGGUU